GUGUUAGAAUAAAUAAAUCUUUUCUCAAUUUAUAAAGCUCGAAUGUUCUUCUUGCCAUCCAAUAAAGUGUAUUUGUAUUCCAACAGGUCUUUCUCACUACAUAAAGAAUGAUGAAAAUAUGAAAAGCUGAGUGUUUCUCUGUGAUCAGUGCGGGAGAAAAAAAUAGAUAUAUUGCUGGGUUUGUGUUGCUCUUCCUAUUUUGUUUUCGAGAUUGAAGAAUGCAAAAAUUUCAUUCUUUAGCAUCUUUUAUUCUUCCUUCAUGUUAUGUUAUUCUUUUACCAUUUGUUGGAUGCUCAUCCCAUGAAGAGUUUAGUCAAUCUUCCAGAAAUCACAAGAUCAGUAAAGAAGAAAAUAUACACAAGUUGAGUCCUCAGAUGGCAUCAAAUAUUACAGUUCAUGGUCUUCUCUUGUGGACUUCAAUAGGGUUCUUAAUGCCUGUUGGGAUACUAACUAUCAGAAUGUCCAGUAAAAAGGAAAUUGGAAGCAGAGAAGCUAAAGUGUUCUUCUAUCUCCAUAUUAUUUUGCAGAUACUUUCAGUGGUUCUAGUGACAAUUGGAGCUGUCAUGUCCAUCAAGAACUUCGAGAAUUCGUUUGAUAACAGUCACCAAAAGUUAGGUCUAGCACUUUAUGGAGCCAUGUGGGUGCAAGCCUUGAUUGGAUUCUUCAGGCCUCCUAGAGGAAAUAUAAGAAGAAGUACAUGGUACUUUCUUCAUUGGUUAUUUGGAACAAUGAUUUCUCUUGUGGGGAUCAUCAACAUCUACACUGGUUUAAAAGCUUACCAUGAUAAAACUUCAAGAAGCACUACAAUUUUUACUAUACUUUUCACGGCUGAGAUCUGUUUCUUGGCUUUCUUUUAUCUCUUACAAGACAAAUGGGAUUAUAUGCAAAAGCAAGGACUGAUUUUAGGCGAUAAUGUUGAUGCAGUCGCUUCCUCCAUUCAAGUUAUUACUCAAAGGGAAAACGAAAAAGUGUUGCCGCCAGAACCAUGCGGAAAACGCAACGCAUUGAGGAAUUUGUUUGACUAGCUAGCUAACGUUGGGUUCUUAAAUAAUUUCAUCUUAAUUUAUUAUUUCGUUGUUAAUGUGGAUUCAUGGUUUUUCAUAGUCCACGUUUUGAUGCAUGUCCCAUCCUAUUAGCUUAUUUAUUAAACGGCUAUUGCGGAAAUGCAUCAAAACGUGAAGUAUGAAUGGGUAUUUUGUCAUAUCUUGUCUCUUAAACAUCGAUGUUCUCUUGUUAUGACUUGGACUUUUAUCAGGCCCAAUGUACCUUGCAUUAAUGGCCAUUAGGUGAUUGUUUAGAGGAAUGAUUUGUAUGAGAGUAUUUAUCAAGUUUGUAAUGAAGCUUGUAAAUAAUGAUUAAAUAUAUGAAAGAAAUA